AUGGAUGCUAAGCAGGGAAUAAUUCUCGUGAUCUUUUUGAUGGCAUUGGCUGUAGAAACAGGUAAGUGCAGAAAAACGUAAUAUAAUAAUUAAAGAAGGCCAACCGGUUAUGUGUGGUCCGGCCGAUCAGCGCCCCGAACAGUGGAGUCAUUGCAACAGAAAGAAAGUAAGAUCUAGUAAGACUAUGUACCUACAGUAAUUUCAUGGGUGACAAAUUGGCUCGAAAUUUUAGUGUUUAUACUACAACAUGAGAAAUUUCUGGAAUUUGAUUAGCUUAGAGCAGUGGUAUUUCAGCUUAAUUUGAAAUACCUACCUGUGAAAAUUACAAAGCCUUUGCGGGUAACGGCUCGUGAAAUUACGUAUAACAAUUUCGAAAUAUCACUCGUGGUAUUUAUAGCAAAUAUCACUACAAAUCAUGCUAUUACCUAUACUAAUUUAUAAUUUCACAAGCUUUCACAUGUGAAAUUACAAAAUUGCCAUGCGGGCAACGUCCCGCAACUGCCAGUGACAAGAUGGCGGCAAAAUCUUAAAAUGUUAUGAAUGAACAUGUCAUGGCCAAUUUACCCUCUAGUUUUCAGUGCGUGGGCUCUCGAUCUGUCAAAAACCUACAAGGUCAUACGAUUGUGAUAGUAAUUUGUCAUUCAUGAUAUUAAAAUAGGUAAUCAAGUGGUUUACUCGAGGAAUUUCAUUUUCUUACUGUCGCCACACCUUUAUGGUUAUUUAUGGGGAGCAAGGGAUGGCGUAGUGGUGAGAGCACUCGCCUCCCACCAAGUUGGCCCGGUUUCAAAUCCUGGCUUCGAUGCAAUAUGUAGGUUGAGUUUGUUGUUGGUUCUCUCCUUUGCUCCGAGAGGUUUUCCUCCGGUUACUCCGGUUUUUCCCUCUCCUCAAAAACCAACAUUUCCAAAUUCCAAUUCGACCAGGAAUCAGGUAGACGAAGGACCGCUUUGCCGAUGUGCUUCCUUCAAAUCAUUUUAUUUAUUUAUUCAUGCAGUUAGUGUGUGUUAUCAAAAAGUGACGAGGGAAAUUAGGGAAUAAUUAAACUCGCGUUUUGUGUAAAUGCUCCUAAUUCUCAUCCCUUUGUCUGGAUUAAAUCUGUUUAAGGUUGCUAUCCAUCACAAGUUCCAGCGAUGCUUGAUUGUUUAACCCAAGAAGAUAUCACCGCACUCACCGAAAUACCUGAACAGGAGGAUGUAAUGGAAACCAUAAAGUCAGUUUUAAAACAUAUCCCUUUCAAAAAAUACCUGUAAGUAUAUGGUACAUAAUGGCACACAUGUGUAAGUACGUGCUGCAUAUAUAUGCCUUUAACCAGCUAGCUUUUCAUAUUUAUAAACACCUGUUCACUCUGCGCCAAAGAGUUGCUUAUAAAACUAUUUUUAAUUAUUUAUCCGAUGGCCAUCCACUUUGAAGGUGAGCUCGGCGCAAACGGACGCAACAUUUCUCCCAACUUUGUGAGUUGCUGCGUCCGUUUGCACGUAGCUCCUGACAAUCCGUUAUUUUAAAAACUGCGGUUUUUCUUUUGAUUCGUGUUAUCAAGAAUUGUUUGUCUUAUUCUCUCAAGACUGCCCUUUAUAAAAAAGAUCCUUGAAGGAAUUAAAGAAAGCAAGAAUCCACUUGACGUUAUACUGGAGCUAAUCGAAAUCCUCCAGGGAGGCAAAGAAGAGAACGAAGAAAAUAAAGAGAAGGAAGAGGAAAAUAAAGAAACAACAGAGGAGAAAAAAGAAGAAAACAGCUCCAAUGAGGAGGAAAAGCCGAAAGAGGAAGGAGAAAACGAAGUUUCGGGAUCAGGUGAAUCAGACAUGGAAUCUCAGGAAGACACCGUGAAUGAAAUUCAUCAUAAAUUUAAGAUCAAUGGACCUGAGGAAUGGUAG